GGAGAUUAGUAAGAACCAUCCUUAUUCGCGCAAAAGUAAAUGACAUAUCAUGUCUUCUUCUCAAAACCGAGAUGAUUUUGAAACGACUUAUGACCAGAGAGAUGUGAUGCCCACACACAACUACAACAACUAUUAGCCCAACGUGAUGGCGGUUUUACCAACAACAAGACAUGCCCGAGAUUGAGAAAGAGCUCGAGGAUGAGGAAGCCGAAGAGGAUGAUUAGGCGACGGCCGGGGAAGAACAAGAUGGCACUCCAACCCAGGAUGAUGACACCCUUGACGAGGACGGGCCUAGUUCAUCCCAACCCGGUAACAUAAAUCUUUGAGGGCUAGACGUGUGAAAUGUUGUGUUUUUUCUAAAGUUUUGUUUAUUCGGUGGAAUAAUACUUAUAACUUAAUUUUUGUACUUAUUAGAUUUAAAGAUUUUUUCCUGCUUUUUAAAAAGAAUAUGCUAAUUAUAUUAUAAAUUCGGUUGAGAUCGACACUAUGAAAAAAAUUGUCAAUGUUUUGGUAUAUUUUAAUAAUGCAACUCAAAAUUUCAGUCAUGUUUAUAAACUUACCACAAACCAAUUUUAUGUUGAAGCUGUUAAUCUCGCCGGUGCAUUUUCUGAAUUUGGAAAUGCCCCUUACAUUCAUUAUUCCUGUUCUUUCAAUAAAGAAAAGUUUUUAAAAUAUUAUUCACAUAUUCCGCAUAUAUAUGAUAUUGCAUUUAUUCUUGAUCCUCGUUUCAAACUUAAUGGUUUUCAAAAAAAUUUAGAGUACUAUUAUGGUUGUUUCUUGGUUCAAUUACCUAUGUACGAAGAUAAUCCCAUAGAUCCUAAAGAGCAAUACAACGAGGUUAGUAACUUAUUUCAUCAAUUAUGUAACGAGUUUCAUGCACAAUACGGUAACACACUCCCUCCCCAGACACGAACACCUUUUUCAUCUAAAGAAAAAGCUUUUUUGAAAUCUACAUUUGACAAUCUUAUGAAAAAAAGUAAAUGAACUCUCGAUGUUGCACAAAGCUCGAUUAACGAGCUUUCUUUAUACCUAGCGUUUAUGUUGACUAUGAAGAAGAGAAUGACUUUGACAUUCUGCAGUUGUCGAAGGAAAAAGAAAGAACGUUCUCGAUUUUAUCGAAGAUGGCUAAGCAAUGGUGGGCACUAGGGAAAGUGUCAUGGGCUAGCGGGGGGGGGGGGGGGGGGGGGAACUGUUAUGGUAUGCUCACAUUCAUACUCUUUAUUCUUGUUCAUUUAAAAAAAAAAGCUCUUUAGGUUGAAAAUCCACAAAGGGUAACUUAAGCAAAAAAAAUAUAAGCAAAAAUAAGAGUGAUUUUGUGAGAAUUUAAAAAGAAAAAUGUGGGAAGCUGGGAUGAAAACCCGAAAGGGCACCUAGACAAAAUGAGAGAAUGAGAGAAAAUAUCUCUUUUGAUUUUGCAGGAUCCUAAGGGUGAUAAAUUAAAGAAGAGAUGGUGAUGAAGAUGAAGUUGAAGACCCCAUUUCUUGGUUUUGCUCUUGAAGCUUGUUGAUUAUUAAAGUUCUCUAAAGCAAGGCGAAUCUUCAGACUCCGAAGGAGCCAAUCCCGAACAACCGGCCAUGGAUGAUAGUAGGCUGUUCACUGCUGGACUUGAUGACGAGCCACCAACCUCUCCUCCCAAGCAGCAGAGGAAGACAAAGAGAAAGAGGUUGAGGAAGGCCGAUCAGGGCGCCUCCUCUCAAUCCGCCCUUCACGUCCCCGAGCAGUCCGAACCUGUUCGGGAUGUAGAACCUGUGCAGCAGGUUGCCCCUGAGCAGCAAACUCACGCUGACACGUUGAUGGAUCAGCUUUUCUGUGACCAGCAGUCUCACCAUUUCUCUGCUGAGGAGGUGGCUGCCCAUCAGGCUGACUUGGCUAGUCAGUUCGAGCGGAUCUCCCUCUAUGAUCCUGCUCAUGAAAUGCUGGAGAGGGGUGGCUGUCCAGCGAGCCAGAUCUGGUCCACAUCUGGUUUCCUUAAUGGACACAACCUCCCCCCAAUACCGGUCGAGGAGGUCGAGGAGUGCAUUGCCCUGACUGUCCUGAAGGCAGGGAUAUACAGCCUGAAGCUCAAGGAGACCAGGCAGGCCAAGGAACAAGGCCUGCUGAUGGCCAAGGAAAUGGCCGAACAGGCAGCGGAGGCCGAACGGCGGGCUUUCUCUGAGGAGCGGAAGAAGCUAGAAGCCGAGGCAGGGGAGCUCCGUGUUAAAGUGGGCGCUCUCCAGGCCAAGAUUGCAGCAGCUGAGGCUGCUCAGAUCAAAUUCUCUGAGGCUCCUCCUCAGAUCCCGGACGGACCGGCCGAAAUGACAGUUGAUCUUUCCGCCGUUCGGGAUUCCUUCAAGACUUCGGAGGAGUUUCUGGCUCUGAAGGAGAAGUACGCCACCGAACAGCUCCCCGCUGUCUUCGGGAGGCAUCUGGAGAAACUGGCCGGAGAAGAGCGCCAGAAGGAGGGGGUCAGGGUGCUUGAUCAGCAUCCUGUCACCAAGGAGUGGGCUGAUAACCUUGCCCGAGGGAUCUACAGUUCAGGCUGCCAACAUAUGCUCCAGCCUCUCCUCCCCCUCCUGGAAAGAUAUAUGGGCCGAGCGGUGCAAACUUCUGACUUUCCCUCCGACCUUCAUCCGGGUCAUCUGAACGCCCUGAUGGCACAGAUGAAAAAGUGUCGGCGAGCCCUAGGGAUGGAGGUCGUGCAGAUUGUAGAUGAAGAGGCUGAUGAAGAUGAUGAUGAAGACGAUAAAGAUCAUCCCGAACAAUAGAUUAGACAUUCUCUUUAUCUGUAUUUCCUUUCCUUUGAAUCAGUAUUUUUCUGUCCUUUCCGGCCAGUAGAGCCGAUGAAUAUACAACUUUUGCUUGCUCAUUUCGUCUUUGUGACUUUUACUGUACUUUAUAUUUGUUUUUCAUCUAUCAAUUCGCCUCCGCAAUACGUUUCAUGUUGCUUUGUUCCUGUUCUAACCAGUCUUCAUAAUUUAUAGCGGUCAGGUCACCUGUUCGGGUGAACUCCUCGUUAAAUCCAGAAUUUAAGACUUGAUAAUCUUGUUAACGCAUGUUGUUCCUAAUGAACCCGUCCAGUCUGUAUUCAUGAUUUCAAUAGAAGACCCUAGUGCCCUUCUCAUUCGUUCGUAAGCUUCCAUUCUGAUUAGUUGGAAAUUGUGUCCGGCAUUCGGGAUAUAUUUUUGCUCUCUUUGUUGCAUUAGUCAUAUUCUUCUAUGUUAGAUAACCAUGCUGUUCGGGUACACCGAUCAUUCUUCAUUACAUUUUGGUGUCUCCCGUUCGGGGAAACGCUUGUAGCCUUUUUCUUUUUCAAUCGUAGAGGUUCGUGAACUUUGUUGACUUCAACCCGUUCGGGUGUUUUCUUAUCCCAAAGGAUGCUUUAACUUCUCCCAACCGUCUUGACACUUGUCAGUUAUUCAUUUGGAUUCUUGGCGGUAGCAUUUCCUUAUAUAAGGAUGUAGCUACCUUGUUUCAGUUUUUUCUGCUGCUUCUGAAUUCCUUCAAGCUUUCUCUCUCUAGAAUCUUCUCUGUUAUUCUAUGUCUGCCUUUUCUGGUUCGUCAGAUUCCGAAGAGAUGGUACCCACUUUGAUUCGCCAUUCGAGGGGAAAAGCUCACCCCAAAGAUCAAGGUACAUCUACCCGAUCGUCGGGUUCUAACGGGUCUUCUUCCUCACUUCAUCCCGAACAGCCCCUCCCUGAUGAUGGAUGUCAGUCGGGGGAUGACCUUGUCGUUUACGAAAGGGGUAUGCCUGAACGCCCCCCUCGCUAUAGUCUGAACUUCUACUGCAUCAGGAAACAGCGUCAACGCCUUCCUGCAGGUGCCGAACAGACGCUCCGCCAACUAUUACCGCCACCCCGUCAGUUUUAUGCGGGGGUAUAUUAAGCACCCCAUGCGGCAUCGUCCGGGAUGUGUGCUGGUUCAUAUGGACGCGCUGAUCGCCGGUCUACGGUUCCCGUUGCACCCUUUCAUUGUGGAGUUCCUCCGCCGGGUCUCAGUACUGCCAGCACAGUUCGUGCCUAGCACUUAUAGGAUCCUGAACGGCUUUAUCGUUUGGUGCCAUGAGUUGGGGAUUGCUCCUAGCGCCGACCUCUUUUUGCACUGCUACGGCGUCCAGCCCUAUUGGACCACCGGGGUACCUGCGGCUUGUCGCCCGCCCUGGCCGUUCGCUCUUUACCGACAACCCCACCCCGCCAGAGAAAUGGGAGGAACGAUUUUUGUUCGUUCAUGUGGGGUCGCCGCUUCCUUUCCCUGAUCGGUGGAACACCUACCCCGUUCAAGAUGCCUCCCCAAGGGUGGAUGCAGCUAUUCUCUGCCAGUAUGAAAGACUUCGUCUGGCCGGUUCCAAGAACCUACUGUCCUUCUUGACUCCCGCUAAAAUGCUAGCUGCUGGCAUCGGUAAGAUUCUUCCAUUACUUUGUUCAUUCGGUAUAUUUAUCAACAUCUUGUUCAUUUUUCUUCGUUCUUUCUUGUAGGUGUGAUUCCCCCCGUUUCCAUAAAGCGUCCUGCUCCUACUCCUUCCUCCACCGCCAUAGUCAGCAAGGGAAAGGAGAAGGCUAUUCAGUCAGGUUCUUUCGCUAGCCGGGAAUCUGGGCCAGUAAACAAGCGGCCGAGAAUUGAAGGCAGCGGCGCCUUGGUCCCGAUCGAUCAGGUCAUUGAUCUGACGGAUCCUUCUGUGGAAAGGAUGCCUAUGGUCCCCUCCCCUUCAAGGAAGCUGGGCAACAGGGGAGGUGUUGCUUCAGAUAGUCUCCCGAUCCCCGAUCGGUUGACGGUGGAGUUUUCUGCCAUGGGUCCCCGAGCCGAAUGCCGGACGCUGUUCGGGCAGACUGCAUCAUCCGUGUGGUGCAGUACUUCUCUGAAGGCUGGUGAGGGUUUCACCAACCUGACUCACUGGUCCGACCUAUUUGAAGCAGGCCACGCCGAGUCCCUUAAGGUAGGCCUUUGACUGUAUAGUCCAUUCUUCUUAUUUUUGAUAUUGUUCUGGACUUGUCCUUAUUGCUGUUUCUUUCUUCCACAGGCCGGUACAUAUUACCACCGGGCCUUCCUAGCUGCUGAACGGGAGAUGACCCUCCUUCAUCAGGAGCUGGAUGAGAGCCAAACCCUUUUGGCUGCUGCUAGGAAAAUGGCUGCAGAUCUCCAAGAUCGAGCCAAUAAGGGUGACAAGGCCAGGGAAGAGCUGGCUGAACUGGAGCAGAGGCUUCAACGACGCGAUCGGGAAAUCCGUGAUCUGCGUGCCAAGGUGAAGGUCGCCGAAGCUGCUGGCCUGAAAAUUGAAAAGGCCAAGGGGGAGAAUCCCCCUGCCCCCUAUACCGCCGAUGUUUCCAAGAUCACCAAGAAGGCGGUGAUUGACUUCCAAAGGGGGAAAGGCCUGAAUCUCGCCCUAGAAAAUACUGCUCGGGAGUUCCUUGGCAAGCAUCUGGGUGAAUUCCUAGAGAAGAGUAAGGACCCAUUACACGAUGGCCUCAAGCUUCUUGAUGAGACCCCGACCGGGACAGCCUUCGCCAAUGCUCUAGCAAAGGACACCCUUGUUAAGUGCCAGGAUAUGCUGGUCGACCGGAAUCUGGAGGUGAUCAAGGAAUCUUUCGAUGAACCCUUCGACCCCAAGGAGGAAGGUUUUGAUCCCUUAUUCUGCCGUGCUUAUCAACGGGUGAUGGAGAAGAGGCAAAAGGCUAAAGAUUCAGCCAAUCCCCCAAACUCCAACUCGGAUGCUGUGCCGAAUAAGGAUCCUCCGUAGCUUAGCUCUCUUUAUUGUAAUCCCCUUUUCUUUUUCUCAUGUAUGAUUCCCAGCCAGUAGUGCCGAAGAAUAAAGAUUGAUCCGUUUCCGAAUGACUGGCUUCCCGAACACUCUUUUUUUUUUUCCUUUUUUUUUUUUAUUCAACUCAGCAUCAUGAUUGAGAUGUAAGCUGUUCGGCCCGUCCCUAACACCAAAGUUGAGGUGCAAGCUGCUCGAUUGAUUUCCGUCGGUUGUUCUUUGUUUCCCGAACGCGCAAGACAUAAUGUUUAACGCCUGCUGCGCCCCCGAGCACCAUGUUUCAGAUGCAUGCCGUCCGGUUUAUUACCGUCGACUGGUUGUUCCCUGAACGCGCAAGUCAUCAAUGUUAAAUGCUUGCUGUGCCCCCAAGCACCAUGUUUCAGAUGCAUGCCGUCCGGUUCAUUACCGUCGACUGGUUGUUCCCUGAACGCGCAAGUCCUCAAUGUUUUGCUUGCUGUCUGCUGCCUUGUAGGCCCAAGGCUAAAGUAACCUGUUCGGGUUAUCAUCCGCGUUUUUCCUUAUCCGCAAGGCAAUCACCUCUUGCUGCAAGACAGUUUCACAAUUCGUGUAGUGUCUGCCAUCUUCCAAGCCCAUAAUUCCGAUGCAUACCGUCGGUUUUACCGUCCGGGGUCAUCCAUAUCAUGAGGUUGAGAUGUCCAUCCUGGACCAUUGAGAAUAAGGCUCCCAAUCCGGGUCUCCCCCUUAUUCUCUGCCAAAAUGGAGACUCGCCUCCAGGUUACAGCUCGGGUUCCCCCACAAUAAAUCACUACAUCGUGGUUCGGGCGAGCUGCAUAGCCAAGGCAAGAUUUUAAGACCAGAGUCCCGAUCCCCCGUUCGGUCACCCUAUGAUUUCGGAUGCCGCCCGGUUCGUCCUACUCAAGAUCUUUUACACCAUCUCCCAAGCUGAGUCCGGGCUUGGUUAUCCUGCACAUUGUAUUAUAUAUAUAUAUAUAUAUAUUUUUUGUGCUGAGAUGAUGGCUCCCCAUGGAUCGAGAUGAAUAACAUCUAUAGAUCAAGGUGAGACUUUUGGCCGAGUUUGUGGUGAUGCCGUUCGGCUUGUUGAUGCCGUUCGGCUCGCAAUAUUCCUCUUAACUCUGACCUCUUUGGAAGCAUUGUUCUCCCUCUUUUUCUUUUUCUUUUUCUUUUCUUUUUUUUUUUUAGAGGUGGCAACAGCCGUUUUUAUUGAUAAAAUUUCCGCAAGUGCGUAGCGUUCCAUAUCCCUGCCGGACAGCCUUCGGUAUCCUGUAGGGAAAAGGUCCCCAUCCGGUAUUUUUUCCAGACCCGGUAUGGUCCCUCCCAAUUCUUUGACAUCUUCCCGCCCUCUAGCGGUUUGCGUUUCUCUCUAUUCCUCAGGACAAGGUCUCCGACUUCAAUCGAACGGAUUUUAGCCUGUUUAUCCACAUACCUCUUAGUCGCCCGGUGAUAUUCUUCCAUUCGUAAAGCUGAGAGAUCCCUUCUUUCCUCUAUGAAGUGGAGUUCAGCACGCAGAUUGUCCUCAUUCUGCUCAGGAUCAUAGUGGAUGGUUCUGUGAGUGGGCACCAAGACCUCAGUUGGGACCUUAGCCUGAAAUCCAUAAGCGAGGGCGAACGGUGUCUCCCCGGUUGCUGUUCGGGGAGUUGUCCUGUAUGUCCACAAGACGUAGUUUAACUGCUCGGGCCAGGUUGACGUGUAAUCUUCGAGCUUCUUUUUUAUACCAUCCAUGAUGGUUCUGUUCAUGUUCUCUACCUGCCCGUUCGCCUGUGGAUAUGCUACGGAAGCUCUUGAAUGCUUGAUUCCCCAUCUAGUGAGGAAUUCCUCGAAGUUCUUGCUCACAAACUGCCGUCCAUUAUCCGUGAUGACCUGCUCGGGCAGCCCGAAUCUGCAUAUAAUAUUUUGCCAAACAAAACGUUGACAUUGAAAAUCCGUGAUACUGGCCAGGGGUUCGGCUUCCACCCAUUUGGUGAAGUAAUCAAUCCCCACUAUGAUGUACUUCCUUGCUCCGGAUGCAUUACAUAGGGGCCCUAGCAAGUCAAUCCCCCACCUAGCGAAUGGUAAUGAUAUGGUCAUCGGGGUGUAAAAAGUUGCAGGCCGCCCGGGUACUGGUGCGUAAAGCUGGCAUACCUUGCACUUCCUUGUGUGUUCGAAACAAUCCUGUUGAAUCGUUGGCCAAUAGUACCCCUGCAGGAUGAUUUUCCUGGCCAGGGUCUUUGGUCCCUGAUGGCUGGAGCAGAUGCCUUCAUGAAUUUCUUCCAUCACAGUUGCCGCCUGAACGGGGGGAAGGCAUUUCAGAUAUGGCCCCCCGAACGUCUUCUUGUACAGCUGUCCGUCCACGAGUUCGAACAUGGGGGCCCUUCGCUGUAUACAAGUGAGGUUGUACACGUCAUUUUUAUCGUUCGGCAAAGUCCCAUCCUUCAGGUAAUUUGUCAAGUCAGUGACCCAGCUUGGGACGGCAUAGGACAUGGCAUCUACCCGCACAACCAUUGUUGCCGGUGUGGUCAGUAUUUCUUUCUGCGCGAACCUCUGGAUGUGUGCAGGGAUGCCUAGGGCAUGAUCAUCCCGAACGGCACAUUCCAGUUUGGAUAGGAUGUCCGCCUCACUGUUUUCGAUUCUGGGAAUCUGGUCAACCAACACCUGUUCGAACCUGCCGAUUUCUUCCUCAACCAGUUCCUUGUAGGCUUUUAGCCGUUCUUCCCUAACUUCGGCAGAUCCAUUAAUCUGGCUUACCACCAGCUGGCUAUCCGAACGGACCUUUAAUCUGCUGGCCCCCAGGGCCUUGGCAUACUUUAAUCCAGCAAUAAGGGCUUCAUACUCGUCCUCAUUAUUGGUUACCUUGAAGUCAAACUGCACGGAGUAGUAUGCCUUGAACCCCUCGGGGCAUGUGAUCACAGCACCCCCACCACAGCCUUUGUUACUGAAUGCUCCAUCCACAUACAUUUCCCACCAAUGGUCAUGUACUUCUCCGUCCGCUCCUUCUUCAGUUGAUCUGGCAGUGCAUUCGGCAAUGAAGUCAGCCAAAGCCUGUCCCUUGAUCGUGAGGCGAGGUUUGAAGUCUAUUUCAUACUGCCCGAUCAGGAGGGACCACUUGGUGAUACGCCCACUUGCCAUAGGAUUUCUCAGUAUGGUGGCCAGGGGCUGGGUAGUGUAGAUGGUGACUGGGUGUGCCUGGAAAUAGGGUGCCAGUCGCUUGAUGGUAGCAAUCAAUGCUAAGAUGGUUUUUUCCAUUAAGGUGUACCUGGUUUCUGGCCCGUUCAGGGCUUUGUUCACAAAGUAAAUAGGGCGCUGAACACCCUCAUCUUCCUUUAAUAAGACAGAGCUGACCGCCAGAUCAGCCACAGCCAGAUACAUAUAGAGAUGUUCCCCUGGGUCUGCUUUAGUUAAGACCAGGGGGGAAGACAGGUACAAUUUGAACUCUUCAAAAGCUGCCUGACAUUCUGCUGUCCAUUCGAACGGGUUGGCCUUCUUCAUUAUUUGGAAAAAUGGAAUGGCACGAUCGGCCAGUUUAGCCAUAAAUCGGCUCAAAGCCGCUAAUCUUCCGGUCAACUUCUGAACUUCUUUCAAGUUCCGCGGUGCCUCCAUGUCCAUGAUUGCCUUUACUUUCUCAGGAUUAGGCUCAAUCCCCCGCUCGCUCAUCAUAUAACCCAAAAAUUUGCCCCCCUUGACUGCGAAGGCGCACUUUUUUGGAUUCAGUCUCAUGUUGGCCUUCUGCAUGAUCCCGAAGACCCUUUCCAUGUCCCGGACAUGAUCCUCCUUCUUCCUGCUCUUGAUUAGGAUGUCAUCCACAUAUGCUUCCAUGGUUACCCCUAGUACCUCUUUGAAGAGCAUGCCGAUCAUUCUUUGAAAAGUGGCCAUGGCAUUCUUCAACCCGAACGGCAUGACGAUAUAGCAGAACACGCCGUCCGAGGUGACGAACGCAGUUUUUUCUGCAUCAUCUGGGUACAUGAAGACUUGGUGAUAACCCCGGAAGGCAUCCAUAAAGCUCAGCAGUUCACAUCCUGCUGUUUCGUCCACCAGCAGGUCUAUUCGUGGGACAGGAUAGGGGUCCAUGGGGCAGGCUUUGUUCUGAUCGGAGUAGUCCACACACAUUCUCCAAGUAGAUCCUUUUGGAGCAAGGACCACAUUAGCCAACCAUUCGACGUGGAUGACUGGUCUAAUGUGCCUGAUUCUCAGUAAGGUGGUUACCUCCUGCUUUGUGAAUUCCCGCCGUUCGGCCGCCUGAUAUCUUUUCUUUUGUUGGACUGGCCUGGCAUCAGGCCAAACGGCCAACUUGUGGCAGAUGAGGGCCGGAUCAAUUCCCGGCAUGUCUUCGGGUCCUCGGGCAAAUAGGACCUGGAAUCUCUUCAGGACAGCGAUCACCCCCUCCCUGAUUCCCCCUUCAAGGUCCGCCCCGAUCGCAAGCUUACGAUCGGGAGGGGAAUCAAGCUCGAUGUAUUCUAGGAGGGUGGCUGGCUCGGGGCGUCCCUCGAACUCCGUAUGCCGGGUCUGUACCUCAAUGCUGUUUACCCGCUGUCCCCGGGUGGUCAUUUGUUUCAAAGCUUCCCGGUAGCACGUUCGGGCUAUGGCAGGAUCUGUUCGGGCCACUCCUACACCGGUGUCAGUUGGGAAUUUGAUGCAUGAGUGUCGAACAGAGGCAAUUGCCUCCAAAUCUUCUAGCCCCGGACGGCCCAAUAUGGCGUUGUGGGCACAUGCAAUAUCCACCACCACAAACGUCAUCCGGACUGCCGCUCGGUGAAUUUCAUCGCCAAUUUCCACCAGAAGCUGGAUGGUGCCUUCUGCCUCUAUUACAUUGCCGGUGAAGCUAGCCAGCGGCGUCUUCAGCUUGGUCAACUGGUCCUUCUUCAGCUUCAUCUUCUCCAACGUGCGUAAAUACACCACGUUCACACUACUUCCCGUGUCCACCAGAACUUGGUGGAUCAAGGCGUUGUCUAUACACAUACUCACCACUAGCUCGUCCCUGUGCGGACUUGGUGAGUUGGGUAGAUCAGCCACCCCGAACGUAAUUGGCUCCAAGCGGCCCUUCUUUGUGGGAGGUGCAGCUACAGUGGCGACAUAGAGUCUGCGCUCAAAUUUCUUACGUUCGGCGGCCGUAUCACCGGUCUCCCCUCCACCAAAGAUGACUUUCACCUCCAAUCGUGGCUUUUUUCCCGGAUUCCCAGACCCCUCAGCCUCCUCUAUAGGGGGAAGGUAUGAAUCAUUACUGGGUUCUGCAUCCCGCUGGGCAUCCCGCUUCCAGCUAUUGGAUCGGGGAGGGCGCUGGUUGGGGGAAGGGCUGUUCAGGUUGGUGCUGACAUACUUCCUCAGGUAGCCCUUUUGGAUCAGGUCCUCAAUUGCCACAUGUAGGGCGUGGCAAUCCUUCGUGAGGUGCCCAUUCCGCUGGUGGUAUCUGCAGUAGGAGCUUGGGGUAGGUCCCAUCACGGGCCUUGUGUCAGUAGGGGGAGGAAUGGCGUUGUGUUCCAAAUGGAAAACACCGGCUAUAGACAUGACCAGGGGGGUGAAGCGCGCAGUCCUGCGAUGAGAUGCUGCUGCUGCCGGUGCGGGUCCCAAACGUUCUGCCAGCCUUGAAGUGGGAGGCUGUGGGGCCGUUCGGUCCCUUAUCUUGAUCUCUUCUUCCAAGGCCGCAUGACCCCUGGCCCUUUCCAGGAUGUCUGGGUAGCUGGUUCCCGGGUUUCUCUUCAGCUCCCUGUAUAAAUCCCCCGUCUGAAGGGCAUCGGUAAAAAGAAGGAUGGCAGUUUCAUCUGUCAUGCCGGUCACCUUCAGGGUUUCAGUCCUCCAUCUGGUGAGGAACCCGGAAAUUGAUUCCUUCGGUCCUUGUCUCACACUGGUCAGAUACCCGAAAUGCAGCUUCGGGGUUGUGCUGGAGGCGAACUGGGCCAAGAAUAAGGUGGAUAGCUCUGCAAAGCUUCCGAUCGAUCCGGGUUGCAAUGUUCCGAACCAUUCCUGGGCUGGUCCCCGAAGGGUGCUGAAGAACAGCCUGCAUAUUGCCGCGUCGGUGGCCCCUAGCAGCAUGAGGCCACCCUGGUAACUCCUCAGGUGUACGUGGGGAUCUCCCACCCCAUCGUAUGUUAAGCCGGUCGAGGGACGGCAGUCCCUCAGGAUUUCGGCGUUCAUGAUUUCCCUAGUAAAGGGAGAUGUGAUCCCAACCCGUGCUGGCGGGGUUUGUUGGGGCGUCCGAUUGACCUGCUCUCUGAGCUCAGUCAUCUGUCUCCUCAUUUCGGCCAUUUCGUCGUCUUGGGCCGUUCGGGGAGUAUGUGGUAUCCUAGCAUCCACAUAUCCCGGUAUUCUGUUUUGGGGAGGGGCAGUUGUGUUAGCUCUCCUCCGGAUGAAGCGUUCCCCAUCCCUAUGGAUAUACUGGAAGUGUUGUCCAACGGGAUCUACCAUGGGGGUAGGUUCCCUAUAUCCGUUUCGAGGGGCGGACGGGGUUCGGCUGGUUGGUGCUUCACGUCUGGGGGUAUGGGCCCUCCAGUGGUUCCUGCGGUGUUCCUCGGAAUGAACUGAGGCCAUCGUGGUCUCAAUGUCCUCCUCUUCGUCGAGAGAUGGCAUGGGACGCAACGGGGAUGGUGGCUCACGAGUUUCAUCGGUGUAGCCCUGUUCCUGUUCGUCCGCCAUGCGUUGCAUGGCCUCCGCCAUCUCCCUCAUUAACUGAGGGUUCAUCCUUACAUCCCGGGGGAUGAUUUGCUCGAACUCCCGGGUGGCACUGCCACUGGCGUGUCCUUGCAUGGACCACCCCUCAGAGGAUCUAUUGCCUCCUCGGCCUCUGGAUGUAGAACUCGGUGUUGCGGUUAGUAAGUCUAGCCAUUUUCAAGAAAAAAUGGUGCUUAGAUCACGGCUUUGUCUGGACUUUUAGUGUGGUUUCCCACAGACGGCGCCAAUGUUGAGGUUUAUUCCCGAAGAUCCGAAAGCCCAACACAAGCCUUGGAUAUUGUAGGGAUAUUGGGUUGGAUUAAAAUGUGUAUAAAAUAUAAAACAGUGAGAUAUUUGCUCAACUCAGAAGCUUACCGGUAUUCAAUAAAUAUGUGAUUACACUGGAGCUACCCGAACGGUAGAUGAAUACGAGAUUACAAGGAUGGAAGAUGUAAAUCUAUUGCUAAGCUCUGAGUAUUAAAAUGCUAACCCUUUACAAUGAUCUAAACAUGGAUAUUUAUACUAAGAUGGGGAUGGGUAAGGUGGACACGUGGUCGAAUCUGGUAGGCUAUCACCUCUGCCAUGUAAGCACUCAUGCCCCCACUUGCAGCUGUCAUGAUCCAGCAUUAAAUGCGGCCUCCACUUGCUGACUGCCCGUUCGGGCAAGGUGUUCGGUGUGUGGGACCCCGCCAUAGGUGAUAAUUUCUACCUGAAGUAUCCCGAACGCCGAUCGAUAUUUGGGCCGUGAUACCUUGGCAUAAUCGUUACCCAGAAUGUUCCAAGUAUAAGUUUUAUCCCGAAUGCUGUUCGGGAGUUCUUUGGGCUUGCUGCUUCUUCCCGGAUUUGGGCCUAGGGAUAUUGGGCCUGGACCCAAUAUCCCAACAGGCGUGUUAGAAUUUGUAGUGAUAUAUGGGAGGAUACUUAUCAUCAUUUGUAUAAUUUGGGCGUGACUUCACAUUAUAUUGAUGAUGAUAGGAAAAUGCAUAAACAUGUUCUUGUUUUUCCUUAAUUUAAUGACCGGCACGCUGGUGAUAAUUUAUAUUCUCAUUGAACGUAUUUUUAUUUAAUAUAAUUUGAUUGAUAAAAUGUUUGCUAUGGGUUUUGAUAAUGGUAGUAAUAGUACUGCUCCUACACCAAGAUUGUGUGAAUUGUGUGGUUCUUCUACUUUGAUGGGUAUGUUUUUUCAUCAGCGUUGUGCAUGUCAUAUUCUCAAUUUAUGUUUAAAAGACGGGCUAGCCUCUUUAGGAGAUGCUAUGGAGAAAGUGAAGGGGAUAUUAAACUUAUGUGGGCUAAUAAUCAACUUAAAGUGCAAUGACGUGAAUAUUUGAGGACUAGACGUGUGAAAUAGUGUGUUUUUCCAAAAGAUUUGUCUAUUUGUUGGAAUAGUACUUAUAACUUAAUUGUUGUACUUAUUAGAUAUAAAGACAUUUUCCUUCUUUUUGAAAAGAAUAUGCUAACAAUAUUAUAAAUCCGGUUGAGAUUGACACUAUGUAAAAAAUUGUAAAUGUUUUGGUAUAUUUUAAAAAUGGAACUCAAACUUUUAUUCAUGUUUAUAAACCUACUGCAAACCAAUUUUAUGUUGAAGUUGUUAAUCUCGUCGGUGCAUUUUCUGAAUUUGAAAAUGCCCCUUACGAUCAUUAUUUCUGUUCUUUCAUGAAAGAAAAGUUUUUAAAAUAUUUUUCACAUGUUCUGCAUAUAUAUGGUAUUGCAUUUAUUCUUGAUCCUCGUUUCAAACUUAAUGCUUUUAAAAAAUGUUUAGAAUACUCUUAUGAUUGUUUUUUUGAUCCAUUACCUAUGUACGAGGAUAAGUCCAUAGAUCUUAAAGAGUAAUACAACGAGGCCUGUAACUUAUUUCAUCAAUUAUAUAAUGAGUUUCAUGCACAAUAUGGUAACGCACCCCCUCCCCAGACAUGAACAUCUUCAUCUAAAGAAAAAUCUUUUUUGAAAUCUACAUUUGGCAAUCUUAUGACAAAAGUAAAUCAACUCUCGCUGUUGCACAAAGCUCGAUUAACGAGCUUUCUUUACACCUAACGUUUCAUGUUGACUGUGAAGAAAAGGACGACUUUGACGUUCUGUAGUGGCGGAAGGACAAAGAAAGAACAUUUUCAAUUUUAUCGAAGAUGGCUAAACAAGUGUUAUCAAUGUCGGUGUCAAGAGUUACCGUGGAGCAAGAAUUUAGUGCGGUCGGCAACUUCCUAAUGGAUUAUAGAACGAGAUUGAGCGCAAAAUCUCUUUAGACACUUGUUUGCUUCCACGAUUGGUUGCAGGCCCAGCAUAGAACUCAAGAAGUUAGCAUUGCCCCCACCGCCAUUUCAUGGAGGAAACAACAACCGACAGUGCCGAAGAUUCCGAGUGAUUUUUAGGAAAUGUAUUUAAUGUUUUAAAUUAUUCUCAAUUCUCAAGUGUAGUUCGUAUUUCAAAUAAAUAUACUUUAAAUUUUUAUUGUCU